GUCGCCUCGCUCCUAGUUUCGCGGGAAUACUUUUCCAUUUUAAUAAACUUCCCUUCCGCAUAUUCGGCAUGGGGCAACAGCCUUCCUCCGAUGGCGCUGUCACAGCAAGCUUUCGGUCAUGUCUGACCACAGCAGUGGGCAGUGAUGCAAAAGUAGCUUUUGCCGGCGACUUUCUGUACCAAUUCACCGAUGUUAAGCCUUACAAUCUGGACAUACCCGUCACGCCUGCCGCCGUAGCAUAUCCCGACAGUGCCGAGCAGGUAGCAGCGAUCAUUGCCUGCGCAGUCGAUCACGGUCACAAAGUCCAGGCCAGGAGCGGCGGCCAUAGUUUUGGGAACUACUGCUUGGGCGGCGCGAACUCGUCGGCUGUGGUUAUCGACAUGAAGGAGUUCCAGCAGUUUUCCAUGGACAAGGAUACUUGGACUGCCACGGUGGGACCCGGAACUCUCCUUGGCGAUCUUGAUGAACGCUUGCAUGCUGCAGGAAACCGGACAAUCGCCCACGGUACAUCGCCGCAGGUUGGUACAGGGGGCCACGCAACCAUCGGAGGCCUGGGGUUGCAGUCCAGAGAGCUUGGCACGACGGCGGACCAGAUGAUGGAAGCUGAGGUGGUGCUGGCGAACUCGUCCAUCGUCAGGGCCUCGGCCACGGAGAAUUCGGAUCUCUUCUUUGCCAUCCGUGGCGCAGGCGCUAGCUUCGGCGUCGUAACAGAGUUCAAGUUCCGCACGGCACCCGAGCCUGGUUCCCUGGUCCUUUUCAAAUACAACGUUACACUCGGCACGGGCGCUGUGCUCGCAGAUGCUUUCAAGGCCUGGAACCGGCUUGUCUCCAAGCCUGAUCUCUCCCGCAAAUUCUCCUCCACUCUUACCGUCUUUCCCGGAAUUCUCAGCGUCUCGGGUGCUUUCUUCGGCGGAAAGCCUGAGUUUGACGCGCUCAACCCCCACGCCGCCCUGCCUGAUGUCACCAACUUGAACAUUUCGGUGACGGGCUCUUUUGUAGGCGCCGUGGGUGAGUGGGCGGACGACUUUGGGCAGCAAAUCGCGGGCAGCAUCCCGGCCGCCUUCUACGCCAAGUCACUGCAAUUCUCCCCGUCGACGCUCAUGACCGACGAGGCGGCCGACGCGCUUUUUGCUUACCUCGACGGCGCUGACAUUGCGUAUUUUAUCAUCUUCAACCUCGUCGGCGGCAAAAUCAACGACAUUCCCUUGUCCGACGCUGCCUAUGCGCAUCGCGACUCGAUCUAUCAGAUGCAGAGCUACGCGAUCGACCUGAAGCCUCCUGUCUCGCAGAAGACGCGGGAUUUCCUGGAUCGCAUCAACGAGGUAGUUGAGGAACACGUCCCUGGGGUACACGGCGCGUAUCCGGGCUACGUUGAUCCGGCGCUGCCGGAGGCGCAGCAGCAGUAUUGGGGAGCGAAUCUUGAGCGGUUGGAGAGGAUCAAGGCGGAAAUUGACCCGACGGAUUUGUUCCAUAACCCGCAGAGCGUAAGGCCGGGAAAGUAGAUGAGAGAUGAGAUUGUUAUCAUUAGUUAUCAGCCCU